AUGAAUGCGAAGCUCCUGCCGGUGGCAUUGGUAGACAGCUAUCCUUCUAGUUAUCCUUUCCCUUGUUCUCCCUCCUUAGCUCCUGUGUUCAUUAGUUUGCAGAAUUUACAUCUACUACGGUCGGUUCUGUCUCUACACCUUUCCUUCCCCUCUCCCCCAUCAGCUCCGGGCACUCAUCAGCCUCACGUCGAAUCCAACCUACAUCGUCCUCAAUGUGUUUGGGCUCACUCUGGUGGCAAGCUCCAGGCAGAGAAAUUCAUCCGGAGAUCUGGAAUCAACUACACCAUUGCAAGACCCGGGGGCCUGAGAGUCUACCCUCCAAGCGGAAGCCUGGUCAUGAAGCCGGAGGCAGCAACUCACCCACCCACUCCUCCCCACAAUUCCACUACGCUCUUCAGUUCUGGACUGUCUGAUCCUGUUCUUGCCACCCACCUAUUCAGGAUACUCUGUUUGGAGGCUCGAUACCGAGAGAGCAGGCGGCAGAAAGUUGCAGCGGGAACUCUCGUCUGCCCCGAGUCCUCCUUCAAGGUCGUCGAGAUCGUCGCUCGAGGAGAAGCACCCGGGGCGUCCUCUUGCGGAGCUCCUCAGCUCCAUCAAGCAAUGCUGA